AUGGAUAACUACUGUCCACCUGAGUGUGCCUGUUAUGGAAGAGUGGUCCAGUGUUCAGAUAAAGGUGUGGAUAAGGUUCCUUAUGGUAUUCCUUAUAAUGCUCGCUACAUUCUUCUGAUGAAUAACCACAUUGACAGCAUUCAGCUGGACUUGCUCACUGAAUAUGUCUCUAUGGAGUUCCUCGUACUGAGCAACAAUAGGCUCACAGAUGGUACCAUAGAAGGAGCGUUUGAGGGAGUCCCAGCUCUGAAGCGUCUCUAUAUGGACAGGAACUUUCUCGAAAGUGUCCCAGUCGACCUCCCAGUUUCGCUUGAAGAGCUUCGUCUGGACAACAACCACCUGAGGGUGAUGUCGGACACAGCCUGGACACGAUGUCCUGGCCUCUUGGUUCUGAGCCUGAGCAACAACAGCCUGGGAAACGGAUCUGAAUCUCUUCCUGAUGAUGUGUUCUCUCCUCUGUGCAACCUGCUCACUCUGAACCUGGAUCACAACCAGUUAGCGUCAGUACCUCUGGGGUUACCUCUGUCCGUUAAGGAGCUAUAUCUAAGAGGGAAUCUCAUUGAGCAGUUUCGUGGAGGAGCAUUCAAUGGUAUAUCAAAGCUGGUGCUCCUGGAUCUGAGUGCAAACAGACUAACCAACAAAGGUCUUAACAGGGAUUCCCUCCUCAAUGCAACACACUUGGAAAGCCUUAACUUAGAAGGAAAUAGACUGAAACAAGUGCCACGACACCUUCCGCCUUCACUUAAAACUCUAAACCUGGAGGACAACCUCAUAUUCUCCAUAAAAAAGGCAGCUUUCAACACCCUGAAAAACCUGGAACAUCUAGGCUUGGCAAGGAAUAAGAUAUUCAAAGUGGCACCAGGUGCAUUUAGGAUGCUGCCCAUCCUGCAUCAGUUAGACCUCUGCCACAACACUUUACGCCAGGUGCCCAGACAGCUGCCUCGAGGUCUGCACUCAAUCACACUCACUCACAACAAGAUUCAGUCAGUGCCUCGGGAUGCUUUCUGCUGGGGUAAUAAGAGUCUCAGCGGGCUUGUGCAGGUGCAGCUGGAGCACAAUUUAAUUGAUAUGGGGAAGUUGGAUUCACAGGCUUUCCGAUGUUUGCGAGGAUUCCAGGUGGUGCACUUCUACUGA